GCGGCCUCUCCGGCCUCCUGUCCCGGGGCGCUGCUGUGGCGGAGUCGAGGCGAGGCCGCGGGCGGACGCCGAGCCCCAUCUCCAUGGCCGCUGCGGCCCCUUCCCCUCCGCCCCGCUCUCCGUCCCCGUCCCCGUCCCCGUCGUCUCCGCCGACCGAGCCCGAGCUGGUGCAGCUGCGGCGCAAGGUAGAGCGGCUGGAGCAGGAGCUGCGCAGCUGCCGGCGCCAAGUGCGCGACAUCGAGAAGGUGCUGCAGCACACGGAGCGCCUGUACCAGGGCGCCGAGCGGUGCAACCAGGAGCUGCGUUCCCAGGUAGAAGAGCUCAGCAAUGAAAUCCAUUAUAGGAAAAAAAAAGAAAAUAACAAGUCUGAUGUAGAAGUCCAAACAGAAGACUAUACUCCUUGGUCAACAUCAGAUUAUUAUUAUCAGACAUACUAUCGGAAUGUCAGUCCUUCAGAUAAGGGGGUUGAACUUCCACUUGAACAAAAUCAAGAGCACAAAGAGCCCAAUCAUAAUUCUACAGACUCAUUAUGUAGAGAGAGUGAGGGUCACACUGACGCUGAUACAACAGAAAAUGCAAAAUAUGAGCAAGAAGACAAUUUUACUUCCAAUUCACAGGAAGCAGAAGGUGUAUUAGCAGCAGAAAAUGCCGAGUUAGAUGGUUCAUCAUUAGCUGAAAGUUUGAGAGCUGCUGCAGAAGCUGCUGUAUCACAGACUGGAUUUAGUUAUGAUGAAAGUACUGGGUUAUAUUAUGAUCACAGCACUGGAUUCUACUAUGAUUCAGAAAAUCAACUAUAUUAUGAUCCUUCUACUGGAAUUUAUUACUACUGUGAUGUGGAAAGUGGUAGAUAUCAGUUUCAUUCUCGAGUAGAUUUGCAGUCCUACCAGACUCCCACCACACAACAAAAUAAAGAUAAAAAAGGGAAAAAGAAAAGGAAAGAUCCAGAUUGCUUUACAGCCAAUGAAGAAAAGGAUUUGGAUCUAGAAGAACAUAAAGCAUCAAAUAGUUUGAAUUGUCUUACCACCAAUGUAGAACAUAUAAGCUGUAUUGAAAGAGAAGAAUCCACAAAUGUGAAAAAGAAAGUCAAAAUAGAUAAUCAUAAUAAAAAUAGUCCAUUGAAGUUUGCUGAUGCAGAUAGCAAAGAAAAUGUAGACUCACAUCUUAAUGUGAAUGUCUAUGAUUUGGCUUUAUUUAAAGAAGACAAAAUAGUAGAAACUGACAGUGAGCCAGAAGAAGGUGAAAUUACAGACUCUCAGACUGAGGACAGCAGUGAUGUAACUAGUGAAGACAAUCUUACUUCAGCAGACACUGAAGAUGAAGAGGAAGAAAAAAUUUGGCCUCCAUGUAUUAGAGUCAUUGUUAUUAGAUCACCAGUACUGCAGACAGGUUCACUUUUUAUUAUCACAGCUGUAAAUCCAGCUACAAUUGGAAGAGAGAAAGACAUGGAGCAUACACUCCGAAUUCCUGAAGUUGGUGUCAGUAAGUUUCAUGCAGAAAUUUACUUUGACCAUGAGUUACAAAGUUAUGUUCUUGUGGAUCAAGGCAGUCAAAAUGGUACAAUUGUUAAUGGAAAGCAGAUUCUUCAGCCCAAAACAAAAUGUGAACCUUAUGUACUAGAACAUGGAGAUGAAGUGAAAAUUGGAGAAACUGUGCUGUCCUUUCACAUUCAUCCAGGUAGUGAUACUUGUGAUGGUUGUGAACCAGGGCAAGUUCGAGCCCACCUUCGCCUCGAUAAGAAAGAUGAAUCUUCUGUUGGUCCAGCAUUAAGUAAAGAAGAAAAAGAGUUAGUAAGAAGAAAAGCAUUAAAGAAAAUAAGAGUAAAAUAUGGCUUAAUGAAUACAGAACAUGAAGAUGAAAAAGCACUAAAGAAUCCAAAAUAUAAAGACAGAGCUGGAAAACGUAGGGAGCAGAUUGGAAGUGAAGGAACAUUUCAGAGAGAUGAUGCCCCUGCUUCUGUCCAUUCUGAAAUCAAUGACAACAACAAAGGUCGGAAGAUGUUGGAGAAGAUGGGUUGGAAAAAAGGAGAAGGCCUAGGAAAGGAUGGUGGAGGAAUGAAAACUCCAAUCCAGCUUCAGCUGAGACAGACACAUGCAGGCUUGGGGACUGGCAAACCAUCUUCCAUUGAAGAUGUUCAACUCUUCCAGAGUAAAAACAAAAAGAAUUGGGACAAAGCAAGAGAAAGGUUUGCUGGAAACUUCCCAGAAGCUAAACUACAAAAAGAUGCAUCAGGAGUCAUGCCUUGGGUAAAAGGGACUGCAGAGUGAAACUUCAGAGUUCUUAAAUGUUUAGAUUUUGGGUUUUUGUGGGAUUUUUAUUUUUCAAGUAAGUGUGUAUGUGUGAGGGAAUGGAAUAACAGUUUACCCUCUCAGGAUUCAGAGACGUGUAAUAAAAUUUGGUUAGCUAUGGACUAUUUAGUUAUGUUGGUCAAAUUUGCAUCUUUUUUAAAAAACAGCUUAUAUUAAACUAAUCAAUGAGUUACGCUGCCAUAAGUUUCAUUGAGUGAACCAAAGUUCACUGAGCACAGAUGUGAAUAAUUGAAUGCAAACAUAAAUUAUGAAUUCCUUUCUUUAAAAGGCCACCUAACUAGGAAUAUUACCUUGUCUUUUACAUAGCAAAUCCUUAUUUACACCAUCCUAAUUUUCUUUGUAAUUUACAAGGGAAGCAAAAUCCAUACAAGUAUGAAUGGCUUUUUAAAAUGUACACUUGUCUUCAUCUCUGUGUAGUCAUAGUUAUGAAACACAAAAUAAAGAAGGGGCAUCUCUGACUUCACGCAAACCAUUCUGGCUACACGCUUCUCUCAUUGUCCUGUGAGAAACUAGAUAGGAUGUUGAGAAAAUAUGGCUAGUUGUGUGUGAAUAUUAUUAUCCAUGAGAUAACCUAAGUGACAUUAUUAAAAAGAUAAUGAACAGGUUGUAGUAAAUUAGCAUUUUCCUGUUUUCUUCUAUGAAGAAUGUGUCAAUUUGUACAGCAUAUUAACCAUUUACAUUUGGUAUGUUUGGAGACUGUAAGGUGUCCAGAUGUAAACAGCUGAAUUCAGUUCUGAAAUAUUUAAUGUCCUGGCAUUCGUCUUUUUGAUAAAUCCAUUGCUGGCAAUGGAGUUUGUGCCAGGUAAACCUGAUUUCCAAUGAAAAAUGGACUACAAAAUAAAGGCCUCAAAAUCAAAAUAUUUAUUGAAUAUGUUCUUACACUCAAUAAAAACUAUUGCAACAUUAAA